AUGCCGACGCCAAGAUUCUGGCUGAGAAAGCCUCGAAGGCCCUGGCCCAGGCACGGCGGCGCAUGCCGGAGCACUGGACCAACGAGGACCAGGUCAUGCUUGACUACGUGCAGGCGGAGCCGAGCCAACGAGCGAAGCUUCCCAUCCAGGACGUGCGCGUCUGGAAGCUCCACGGCUUUCGGCCAUAG